CGCUGACGAAUCGUUGUCCCCGACUUGAACGACUUACAGGUUCGGAGUGGCUUGAGACGACCAAAUUCGCUUUCCCAUUCUUUUUCUCUUGACCUGAUAUCCUUCCUUCUUUUUUCCCCCCAAUUUCCGCAAGUGAGCAUUCCUUCCAUCCAUGACCACUAUUUAUAACAAUCUCCAAAAAGACACCUCAUUAGGUCGAAAACGGCGUUUUUCAGAAGAUGAAGAAAUGGCCGAUGCGCAACCAGCUGGAAGUGUUGCGAGAUUAUUUGUUGAAAAACAUCAGCAUCGUCUUCGAAUCAACGAUAUCAAACGACACAAGUCGGAAGCAAAGAAACGAUCCACCACCGCAGCCAUGUUAGCUACUCUCGACAAAACCAAGCUUGUGAAUAUCAUACAUUCCGUACUAAAUGCCCAUCCCGAAGUGCGUGACGAUAUCAUGACUUAUAUUCCCGCUCCUACCAUUCCUUCGGCCAUGACCGUCAUCAACGACAUGGAAGAACGUCUUGCAGACAGUUUUCCCUACAACCGCCAUGGUCCUGGACGAGAUGACUACACGUUUUCCCGAGUCCGAGAACCAUUAAUGGAACUCAUUGAUACCGUCACACAAUAUGCAAACCAUUUUACUUCAGCCGCCGUAUUCCCGACCACCUGCUUUUCAUUCCUUGAUUUAGCCGCCUCGGUGGCGCAUCGAUUGCCUACAUGGGAUAACCAAGAUAAAAACUUGGCACGACAAGAAUUGUAUACAAACUUGAAUGCAUUCUGGAUCAAAGCCGUCAAGACGACAUCGCUCAAGUUGCGAGAAGGUGAAACGUUCAGUUCGCAGACGAUCAGUACAUGGGCCAAGAAUCUCGCACUGCAUAAUCAUAUCACCGAUGGCGCGUUCACCGAAGCUGUUCACGAAUUCACCAAUAAAUUAUUAAACGCGCCCACCACCAUCGAUCGACCUUGCGAUGUUUCGGUGUGUUAUCAUCCCGCAUUGGAAACGGACAUCACACGUUUCAAUCCAUCGUCACCGGUUGUGGGCUAUGCCGAUGUGCGAAGAUAAUUAGAUUCUCAAAUCAAAGAUCCAACCAACCAUCCUUUUUUUUCAAUUAUUCUUCCUUAAUCUUCCUGUUUUAUGACUUCUCUUGUCCCUUCUUUAUCCAGUCUGAUUCCCCCUCAUUUGCCUCUUUUACUUCCCUUCCUUCUUAUUUGGUCAGUUUCAUCCAUCAAGCAUACAAUUCCGAAUAAAGUGUCUGUCAUCCUCCUCCUUUUUUACAAGACUUUAAGAGUCAUAAUGACCGGGAAAACGGCUCGGAUCAAAGGAGAAAGAGGUCAAUGCCAAGACUCGAUGUGGCUUAACC